GAACAACCUCUGAAUCUUGACAAUUUCCAGCAAACCCUAACACAUUAUGCAUUUGUACGAAAGCAUAGUACCCUCCGGGAAUGCCUAUAAAGUGCGGCUAUUGCUUUCGCACCUCGGAAUAGAAUAUGAAACAACCUUCCUCGAUAUUCUCACAACUCCGCCAGAGACACGAAAGCCAGAAUUCCUCGCCAUCAAUCCCAACGGCCGCAUCCCCGUGCUAAUCCUCGAUGAUGGAACUCCCCUCGCCGAAUCUAAUGCGAUUUUAUUCUACCUUUCCGAAGGCACAAAAUUCCUCUCGGAAAGUAAACUCGGUCGGGCUAAAAUCCUGCAGUGGCUCUUUUUCGAGCAAUACUCGCAUGAGCCGUACGUCGCCGUCUGGAAAUUCUUGACGUAUUGGGGCGACUUUAGCGAUCGAUCGGAAAGCGAGGUGGAGAAGCUGCGGCAGAGAGGUCAAGAAGCUUUAGAUGUCAUGGAGAGGCAUUUGGAGGGGAAGAAAUUCUUUGUUGACGAUGCAUUCUCGAUUGCGGAUAUUGCAUUGUAUGCAUAUACGAGCGCGGCAGAGGUAGUAGGGUUUCAAGUGGACGGGAAUGUGAGGGCGUGGUUGAAGAGAGUGGAGGAGCAAGAUGGGCACGUUAAGAUCAGGAAGGAUCCCACUGGAAAAUGUCCCUUGUAG